AUGAGUCCACUCAGUCAGUCACUCAGUCGCUCAGUCAGUCGCUCAGUCAGUCAGUCAGUCGCUCAGUCAGUCACUCAGUCAGUCACUCAGUCACUCAGUCGCUCACUCAGUCACUCAGUUGCUCAGUCAGUCGCUCAGUCAGUCAGUCAGUCGCUCAGUCAGUCGCUCAGUCAGUCACUCAGUCAGUCAGUCAGUCACUCAGUCAGUCAGUCAGUCAGUCGCUCACUCAGUCGCUCACUCAGUCACUCAGUCACUCAGUCAGUCACUCAGUCAGUCGCUCAGUCAGUCACUCAGUCAGUCGCUCAGUCACUCAGUCGCUCACUCAGUCACUCAGUCGCUCAGUCAGUCACUCAGUCACUCAGUCAGUCGCUCAGUCAGUCACUCAGUCGCUCAGUCAGUCAGUCAGUCAGUCACUCAGUCACUCAGUCAGUCACUCAGUCAGUCAGUCAGUCAGUCGCUCACUCAGUCGCUCACUCAGUCACUCAGUCACUCAGUCAGUCACUCAGUCAGUCGCUCAGUCAGUCACUCAGUCAGUCGCUCAGUCACUCAGUCGCUCACUCAGUCACUCAGUCGCUCAGUCAGUCACUCAGUCACUCAGUCAGUCGCUCAGUCAGUCACUCAGUCGCUCAGUCAGUCACUCAGUCGCUCAGUCAGUCGCUCAGUCACUCAGUCAGUCGCUCAGUCAGUCACUCAGUCGCUCAGUCAGUCGCUCAGUCAGUCGCUCAGUCAGUCACUCAGUCGCUCAGUCAGUCGCUCAGUCACUCAGUCAGUCGCUCAGUCACUCAGUCAGUCGCUCAGUCACUCAGUCGCUCAGUCACUCAGUCAGUCGCUCAGUCACUCAGUCGCUCAGUCACUCAGUCAGUCACUCAGUCACUCAGUCAGUCGCUCAGUCACUCAGUCAGUCACUCAGUCACUCAGUCAGUCGCUCACUCAGUCAGUCGCUCAGUCGCUCAGUCACUCCCUCACUCAGUCACUCACAAUAGUCCUGCACCAUGUAGUGACUGA